AUGUCUACAGCAUCAGAUCAACAGAAAGCUGGAUUCUCUCGAGACGUCCUUCAAGGUGCAAGAAGAGCACCAAACGACUUUGGAUCGUUCAGCAUAUCUAUCUACGACACGGCAUGGCUGGCCAUGAUUCGAGAUCCUGAUGAUCCAGGUCGAUGGCUUUUCCCUGAAUCGUAUUCAUACCUUUUGCUCCAUCAAGCCGAGGACGGAAUGUGGCCGACCUAUGCCUCGCCCAUUGAUGGCAUUCUCAAUACUCUGGCAGGCCUUUUGGCUCUUCUCAAGCACCGCAAGUCAGACACAAUCGGCAUUGAAAGUCCUCUAGUUGAGACCUGGGACGACGUGCCCAAAAGAGUCGACAAGGCGCGCAGAGCCCUGCAGUCAGCACUCAACGCUUGGGACGUGAACCAGACUCUGCACGUCGGCUUCGAGAUGCUCGUACCGGGCCUCCUAAGACAGCUCGCCGAGGAGGGCGUCGUCUUUGACUUUGACGGCCAAGCAGCGCUCACGGCUCUGUACCAGAAGAAGCUCGCCAGGCUGCACCCAGACAUGCUCGCCUCCAGCCAGCAGACCACGCUGCUACACUCGCUCGAAGCACUGGCCGGCGUGUUCGACUUUGGGCUCCCGAGGCAUCACUGCAGCGCCUACGGAGGCAUGCUGGGGUCUCCGGCUUCGACGGCGGCGUAUCUCAUGCACGCGCCGAGCUGGGACGUUCGGGCGCAGUCGUAUCUGGAGAAUGUCGUGCGCGGCUAUGGAUCCUGCGGCGGCGUGCCGAGCGGCUUUCCUACGCCCGUGUUUGAAAUCUCGUGGACCGUGUCGACGCUGCUUGGGAGCGGCUUCAGCCUUGACGACUUCCACGAGGAUGACGUCCGUGUUGUCACAGAGUAUCUGAGAAGGGCAAUCGGUGCGCAGGGCGGCGUGCUGGGCUUCGCGCCCACUCUCCUCCCCGACGCCGACGACACGGCCGUGUCUCUGCUUGCUUUGACGGCUCUCGGAGUGCACGUCGACCGCGCCCCUCUGAUAUGGAACUUUGAAAGCAGCACUCGCUUCAAGACGUAUCAGCUUGAGAGGACCCCGAGCGUCAGUGCCAACUGCAACGUUCUCCUUGCGCUUCUCACGGCUCAGGACGUCGACCAGUACGUGCCGCAGAUUGAAAAAGCAGUCAAGUUCCUCUGCAGCACGUGGAACGCCAACAAACUGCAGGACAAGUGGAACUUGGCCGCCGAGUACACGUAUAUGCUGCUGGCUUCUGCGCUGUACCGGCUGCUGAGUGUCUAUGCCAAUGGCUCACUGGGAGAGCUCGCUGCGGAAGUCGUCAAGAUGGACGUACCCAUCAUCCUUGUCCAGCUCCUCAGUAGAGCCCUUUGCGGACAGCAAGGCGACGGGUCGUGGGGCGGCUCGGUCGAGAGGACGUCGUAUGCGGCUCUGCUCAUCUCCUACGCCCUCAAACUUCCUUGGCCAGCUGCCAUCAGACAGCACGCCGAAGCAGCCUUGUCCAAAGCAAAGGCGUACUUGGCGGCUCACUCUGACGAGCGGGCAACGGGCGACUAUCUCUGGAUCGAAAAGGUCACUUACAAACUGCCAACACUCGCCGAAGCGUACCAUCUGGCCGCCCUCAACGCCUCGCCCAAAGAGCAAUCGUGGACGUCUGAAGUUGAGCAAAUCUUCCAGACAGACAACACCACCAAGUCGAAGAAGAUGGCCCAGUUCUUCAGCCGCCUCCCACUGCUCCAAGGCCUCUCGGGAGCAAGCAUGGCGUUGGCGAUCCAGGAAGCAGAGCUGUAUGCGAGGCGUCUCCAACAAGUCCGCCUCGACAUCUUCCUCCGCGACGACAUGCCCAUGUCGGCAGACAAGUACCUCGCAUACAUCCCCGUCGCGUGGACGACCAUCAAUGCCGCCAAUGGCUUUGCCCUCUCUGGGAACGAGAUGUGGGAGAUGAUGGUCAUUUCGAUGCUCAACUACCAAGUGGACGAAUACAUGGAGUCUGUCGUCGCUCAGCUGGAUGAAUCAACUUCCCAGGCCUUGGCCAUCAUGAUUGGCUCCGAAAUUCGACACAGCGAGCCCGUCGUCCACUCAUCUCUUCACUCAGCCCCUCCAUCAUCCGACUACUGCGCCUCCUCGCCUAGGAGCUCGCCGCCCGAAUUGACGGACGUUGCCGAAACAUUAUCAAAGUACAUCAGACACGUAAAGACGUCCCCAAUCCUCCUGCAAAGCCCAGAAACAGCCCAACUGCGCGUCCUGCAAGAGCUCGAAAAGUUCCUCCUCGCACACAUGGCGCACAACGCGGACAACGCCCAACGGCGAGAAGGGCAUCGCGGACGAGGACGACAAGUCGGCUGGCACGGCCAUCAACAACUCCCCUACUACGACUGGGUCCGCACGACCGGCGCCAACGACACGAGCUGUCCGUAUUCAUUCGCCUUCUUCUGCUGCCUCAUCAGCCCCAGCGGCUCGCACUGCCUCGCCUCCAUGGAACAGAGGUACCUCGCGCGGGAGAUGUGUCUGCACCUUGCCACCCUGUGUCGCCAGUAUAACGACUAUGGCUCUGUGAUGAGGGACGAUGCGGAGGGGAAUCUCAAUAGUCUUCAUUUUCCUGAGUUUGCGGAUGGACUGGGUUUUCAGCCGACGGUUGAAGAUGACGGGGGAAGAAGAAGACAGGCUGCUCUGGAAAAGGCAAAGGGGUGCUUGAUGAAGGUGGCUGGCUUGGAGAGGGCCAUGAUGCAGGUUUGCUGGGAGGCGCUCUCGUCGAGCCUUGAUCGGGAUGUGAAAGGGAAACUGAAGGCUUUCAUUGACGUGACGGAUUUGUUUGGCCAGAUAUAUGUGGCACGGGAUAUUGCUAGUAGAAUGCAGAAUUAG